AACUCUCAACUCUCUCUUUCUAAGCUCAAAGCUCAAAAGCAAAGAACCAACUUUUUUUUGGAUGAAUGCAGAUAGCUAGAGUGACCAACUUUGCCUAGAGCCUCUCUCUCUCCCUUUCUCAAUCAUACGCAGAUUCUGUAAACCACUUGCUUUCCCUCCUGUCAUCAUUAUCCAAAGAUGAAAGGCAUAGAUAUCUUCUGCGCAUCCCAAGCAGCAACAGCCAUAUGUCUAAGCAUGGAACAAGCAUCCUGCUCCUCUUCAUCCACCAUUCAACUCGGCGGCCGAGCCAUCGACCGCCACAACCCCAUCAUCAAAGAUGGAAGAAGGAGCACUAGAUCAGCUCUCUCCGCCCCUUGCUCUUCUCACCCGCCCAUCAAUCCCAAGCCUUACCAUCAACACCAAAAGACCAAGAAAAGCUCUUCCUCAAAGCAAACAGACCAAAGCAGCAGGAAAAGUUCUUCCAAGCCAAGCGAUCAAAAGAAGAAGAGUGUGGCUAGGCCUACUGAUUAUAUCAUUAACAAGAUCAGCUCUUCUCAACCAACUGAUGUUAUAAGGAAAAGUGAGGCUAAACUGAGUGAUUUAAUCACUCCUCCUGGCUCUUCUAGAUAUUUGUUAAGCGACACCACCUACCUUGACGGUUUAUCGGAUUACAACCCUGUUUUGUCAUUGGUUCCCGUCGAAGAAAAGACAACUCAAGCUGUAAAUCAAGAUGAAUCAACUGCAUCGAAAUCAUCUUCGUUGUCUCACUCAAAACCCUCUCCGCCCGACCAGAAACCCUCUCAAUGUGAUCAGGCUGUGGUUUUGAGGGUGUCACUGCACUGCAAAGGAUGUGAAGGAAAGCUGAGGAAGCAUCUAUCUAGAAUGGAAGGAGUCACAUCCUUUAACAUAGACUUUGCAGCGAAAAAGGUGACAAUUAUUGGAGAUGUGACCCCGAUGGGUGUGCUGGCAAGUGUGUCAAAGGUGAAGAAUGCACAAUUUUGGCCAUCUGCAAUUUCAUCAACUCCUGCCCCAUCUGUUGGGUCUGGUAAUGUUUGAAAUCAAGAAAUAAAGAAAGAGUUAGCCAAUGAGAAAAUCUGCUAUUUUAAUCUAGUGUAAAUAAUGCCAGUCUUAGAAUGAAGUAAAGAAAAGUACAGAAGAGGCCAUUUGGGUUCUCUUUUUCCAGCUAUGCUGUAAGGGUUUGAGACAUUUUUUCUUUUUUUAAAACUUUGUGUUUGUAAGAAAUGAAUGGGGUCUUUUUAGGCAUUAUAAUCAAGCAAAAAACAUGCUUAAUUA